AUGGGAGCUUAUAAUUCACUGUUACCUUGGCAAUGGACCUUGGUUGGUAUUGCAAUUGCCUUGGUUAUUUGCCUGGGUAUUCUUAUUUGGCGCUUUGGCUGUAAAAAGAGAUUUGGCAUUGAAAGCACCGGCUCGGACGCCUAUCAACCUGGAACUGAAGUACCAAGUCCACCAGUGUGUGUACAAUUAACAAAACCCGGGGAUCACGAAAUCGACUACAGAAAUGUAGAAUAUUCAACUGGGUUAUCAGCACCUCCGCCACGAAUACAGCCUCGUCACAUCGGUUCUAAUGAAUAUACCUGUCCAGUACCAUCGCAGAAAACUGGCCGAAUAUGCUCUCUUUCACUAGUAUCAGAAGGGGUUCUGCCAGCUUCUAACCAUAUGCUUUCCAAAAAUCAUGGUUUCUGUUCUUCUUCUUCUGCUGCAUCAUCCGUAUAUUCUACAGAUAUAUCCCUGGUACGAACACUGACAUCUAGCCAACCACCUACUGCCAAUACACGACACAAUUCUCCGUUCAAUAGUUCCAUGCGAGGUCCAACACCACCAUGGACAAAAUCUUAG